CCGGGCAGGACUCCGGGCAGCGGCACACCGGGCAGAGGCACAUUGGGCUGGACUCCGGGCAGAGGCACAUCGGGCUGGACUCCGGGCAGAGGCACAUCGGGCUGGACUCCGGGCAGAGGCACAUCGGGCUGGACUCCGGGCAGAGGCACAUCGGGCUGGACUCCGGGCAGAGGCACAUCGGGCUGGACUCCGGGCAGAGGCACAUCGGGGCGCGACAGGCAUCGGGCCCCCAGGCGGGGCGACAGGCAUCGGGCCCCCAGGCGGGGCGACAGGCAUCGGGCCCCCAGGCGGAGCGACAGGUCUCGGGCCCUCAGGCGGAGCGGCGGGUGCCGGACCCCCAGGCGGAGCGACAGGUCUCGGGUCCUCAGGCGGAGCGGCGGGCGCCGGACCCCCAGGCGGAGCGACAGGUCUCGGGCCCCCAGGCGAAGCGGCGGGCACCGAGUCACCAGGCACGACAGUGGGCUCCGAGUCAACUGGCAUGACCGCUGGCACUGGGUCAGACAUUGGAUGGUCUGGCUGGACAGCGGGCAUCGGGUCACCAGGCAUCAGGUCAUUUGGCUCGACAGCGGGCACGCGUCAUCUGGCAAGGCAGUGGGCUCCGAGUCAGCUGGUAUGACCGCGGGCACUGGGUCAGACAUUGGAUCAUCUGACUGGACAGCGAGCAUCGGGUCACCAGGCAUCAAGUCAUUUGGCUCGACAGCGAGCACC